ACAGAGCUCAGAGACAGACACCCAGAGCCUAGCAUCUUCCUCCCGCCUCGGAACCACCAGCACCUCGCCCUCAUCAGCCCCUUCUAUCUCCUCGGGCGGGGACUCCUCUGGCGGGGACGGCGGCUCCCUGGACCACCGGCCUAUCCCCAAGGGGACCCCCACGUUUCUUCUGCUCUGUGUCAAGAGGGGCCCCCGCCGGAUUGUACCGAGCUCCGUGAAUCUCACCGACGUGAUCCAUGACACCACCAUGUUCCAGAGGAUCCGAGACGGAUACUACGGCACUGGACCAACCGUAUGGCACGGGUGGCGCGGGGCAGUCGCGUAUGGGCGGGCCUUGGUGCGGAACUGCUUCCGCCUCCCGAAGACGGUGGAAUAUAUCAAGUUCGAGUCUCUGCGGCUGCAAAAGACGGGAACAAGAAUAUGCAACCACACGUUUGGCCAAAUCCCGAGCGUGAAGCAAGUGUACAACAUGGAGUACAGCUACCGGCCCUGCCCAACACAGACCCCUAUCCAGUCGCCCCGGCCAUCUUGAUACACUGGCUCCUCGAUCCCGGAGACCACUUCGACGACUCGUCCAUGCUGCUGGAAAGGCUGCUGGAAAGGCUGCCGAAAAAGCUCCACACCUCUAUCGAGGAGGAUGCACAGAGGACUCCCCGCGUGCCGCCGGUGGGAUGGGGCAUAUACAUCGUCGAUGAGAUCAACUAGACUAGGAUCCGGGUCGCCACUUUGGUGCUGUUGUUCAUAACCUUGUUGCUCGCGGUGGUUUGGGUCAAGAUGAUGGAAGACAUCCAGGGCGGGAUGGGUAUCGGCCAGUUUAUGAUUUCUCUCAUCUUGGGGGUGUUCACGGUGUCCGUUUCGGCGCUCCCUUCGCUUGAGUGACCUUGCGCGAGGACCAGCCUACAGACGGUGAUGGAAUGGUAGGCCGGGAGACCAGGGGGAUUUCUCGGCGGUACAUCCACCGCCCACCUUGUCUUUGCACAACCGCGCUUGCCGGACGCCGGCAUAGUUUGAUAGUACGCACUCAUAUUCUUGCGGCAUAUUUGCCCAUGCGAUUUCUAUACUGCUAGGCUCAACGACGCCAAUGCUCGCGAGGAACAAGCUCAAAGUAAAAGUGUCACAUCCGGUCCCGCAAAGUUCACCCGUUUUCGGGCGCUUCCAAUAUGCUUGCAGUACCUCCAAGCCUGCUCGCGGGGCGAGGGCAGGACAGAAACGCGAGAGUAGCUGAGGCUGGCUGGGGGGGUUCAUUGCACGAAACUUUACGUUUGUGGUUUGUGUAUUUGGAAGAGACGGCGGUGUCUUACAGAUAGCAGCUCAAUAUACGCGCGUGGCGGCGAACAACCGCACCAGCGCAACAAACACCCUGCCGUGCAAGCCCCGG